GCUUGCAUGUAUUUCAAACGCUUUUACCUCAAUAACUCGGUGAUGGAGUAUCAUCCUCGGAUUAUAAUGCUAACAUGUGCAUUUUUGGCCUGUAAAGUAGAUGAAUUUAAUGUCUCCAGUGCACAAUUUGUUGGCAACCUUCGAGAAAGCCCUCUUGGACAGGAAAAAGCUCUUGAACAGAUACUGGAGUAUGAACUACUGCUUAUUCAGCAACUGAAAUUCCAUCUUAUUGUCCAUAAUCCAUACAGGCCAUUUGAAGGAUUUCUGAUCGAUUUGAAGACUCGUUAUCCAGUGCUGGAGAAUCCUGAAGUUUUGCGGAAAACAGCUGAUGACUUUCUCAAUCGAGUGGCUCUGACGGAUGCGUACCUGCUCUUUACUCCAUCACAGAUAGCUCUCACUGCCAUAUUAUCUAGUGGCUCAAGAGCAGGGAUUAAUAUGGAAAGUUACUUAUCGGAAAGUCUUAUGCUGAAAGAAAAAGGAACAUCCUUAGCCAAGCUGCUAGAUGGCAUGAAAUGCAUGAAAAAUCUCCUGAAGAAGUAUGAACUGCCAAGACCUGAAGAGGUUGCCGCUCUAAAACAGAAAUUAGAGAAGUGUCACAGCUCAGAGCUUUCACUUAAUGCAAACCUGAGGAAGAGGAAAGGCUGUGAAGAUGAGGAAUAUGUCACGAAGAAAUCAAAAAUGGAUGAGGAGGAGUGGACGGAUGAUGAUCUCGUGGACUUAGUGUCGCUCUGA